UCCGGAUGUGACGCAUAGGCGGGGUUGCCGGAAGAAGUGGCGAAGUUACUUUUGAGGGGACUGAAGUAGCGGCGGCGUGUCUGGGGCUACAAAGAAGUAGGAAGAGGAACAGAGUGAGGGGUUGGAGCCAGGUGCACCAGAGAGCGGGGAGACGCGGAAGGAGCCCCGAACCCGGGACUUCUCGGCGUUCUCCGCGCUCCUCCACUCAGCCCCCUCUUCUUCUCCCAUUCCUUCUCCUUCGUAGCUCGCGCCUUCCCUGGCUGUUUCCAGGGCAACGGGACUAGGAGACCCCCGCGAGAGGCUGCCCACGAGACCCCUGCGCGCAGUCAUGAGCCCCGCCCUCUACUGGUGCUCGGAGAGGGGCGGGACCUGGAGCGAGGCUUUUCUGUGACCCCCACCAUGGCCUCCCCCACCAUGAGUUCCCUGGACACUCCCUUGCCUGAAAAUGGCCCCUCUCAGCCUGGCGUCCCCUCUUCUUCACCCACUAUAAAGGAGGAGGGUCCUGAGUUGUGGCCUGGGGGCUCGGACCCUGAUGUCCCAGGCACUGAUGAGGCUGACUCAGCCUGCAUCGUGGUCAUCCUAGAGCCAGAUGAGGAGCCAGAGCGCAAGCGAAAGAGGGGCCCAGCUCCGAAGAUGCUGGGUGAUGAGCUUUGCCGCGUUUGUGGGGACAAGGCCUCUGGGUUCCACUACAAUGUGCUCAGCUGCGAAGGUUGCAAAGGCUUCUUCCGGCGCAGUGUGGUCCGUGGUGCGGCUGGGCGCUAUGCCUGCCGAGGUGGUGGAACCUGCCAGAUGGACGCUUUCAUGCGGCGCAAGUGCCAGCAGUGCCGGCUGCGCAAGUGCAAGGAGGCAGGGAUGAGGGAGCAGUGCGUCCUGUCUGAAGAACAGAUCCGAAAGAAGAAGAUUUUGAAGCAGCAGCAGCAGCAGCAGUCCUUACAGUCGCCUGUGGGGCCCGGGGGCAGCAGCAGCUCAGCCUCUGGACCUGGGACAUGCCUUGGAGGAUCUGACGCGGGUGGCCAGGGAUCUGGGGAAGGAGAAAGUGUCCAAUUAACAGCGGCUCAGGAGCUAAUGAUCCAGCAGUUGGUGGCAGCCCAGCUGCAGUGUAACAAACGUUCCUUCUCUGACCAGCCUAAAGUCACGCCCUGGCCCCUGGGUGCAGACCCCCAGUCCCGAGAUGCCCGCCAGCAGCGCUUUGCCCACUUCACGGAACUGGCCAUCAUCUCAGUCCAGGAGAUUGUGGACUUCGCUAAACAGGUGCCUGGCUUCCUGCAGCUGGGCCGUGAGGACCAGAUUGCACUCUUGAAGGCAUCCACCAUUGAGAUCAUGCUGCUGGAGACAGCUAGACGCUACAACCAUGAGACAGAGUGUAUCACUUUCCUGAAGGACUUUACCUACAGCAAGGAUGACUUCCACCGUGCAGGCCUGCAGGUGGAGUUCAUCAAUCCCAUCUUCGAGUUCUCCAGAGCCAUGCGGCGGCUGGGCCUGGAUGAUGCCGAGUACGCCCUCCUCAUCGCCAUCAACAUCUUCUCAGCAGACCGGCCCAAUGUGCAGGAGCCGAGCCGCGUGGAGGCCCUGCAGCAGCCCUAUGUGGAGGCGCUGCUCUCCUACACACGUAUUAAGAGGCCACAGGACCAGCUACGCUUCCCACGCAUGCUGAUGAAGCUUGUGAGCCUGCGCACAUUGAGUUCUGUCCACUCGGAGCAGGUCUUUGCCCUGCGGCUCCAGGACAAGAAGCUGCCACCUCUGUUGUCUGAGAUCUGGGACGUUCAUGAAUGAGGGACGGCCACUUAGCCCCACAGCCUUGUCUGACCACAGUCUAACAAAUGAUGCUGUCAUCCCCCUUCCUCCUGGGGUGGGAGGGAGUCCCAGGCUAGGCCUGCAGUCCCACCUUGCUACUGGCCCUGCCAGCUCUCAGCUCUGGGAUAAGCACCAGUCAGGGUCCAGGAGGCUCCCCUCCCUGCACAGAGUCUUCCAGAAGGUGUGGAAGGGUCAUAGGUCCUGACCUCUGCCCCUACCCAGUAGCCCUCCUUACCCAGCUUACAACUCCAGCCUGCCACGCAAUGCACCUUGAACAGAGGGAGGAAAGGGCCUAUGGCUCUCCCUCACAGCCCAAGAGACCAUUUGUCGUCCUCUUCCUCUGCUCCUUUUAUUUAAUAAAAACUAAAACUGAAGACAGAAACAGGAAAAUAAAAUAUGAAUAUAAGCUA